GUUGAAAUGUCAAUGGCCAAAGUGUUGGCUGAGAAUGGGCAUAAUGUCACGGUGGUCACAUCUCUGAAGCCUCAUGUAACUCACAGGAAUCUCAACCAUAUAUACGUGCCACUGACUGAGAAGGAGCACGCAGCACAUGAAGCGAGCAUAGCCAACAUGACUGAGAGAGACAAUUCGAAUAUGUUCAGGGCUCUGUUUCACAUGAGGAAAGAAAUUUAUAUCGCGAAUAACAUCAACUUUAAUGUUAUGAAAAAUCAACGCGUUCGAGAUCUGUACGAGAACAAGGAUAACAAAUUCGAUCUUGUGAUGGUCGGUUUCUGCUUUAAUAACUUUCAAAUCGGCAUCGCACAGAAGCUGAAGGUUCCAGUGGUGGUGGCGACCUCAAUGUUCCCAUCGAAAAUAUUCGACCCAAUGCUUGGAGAUAUACAGACGCAAUCCUAUGUUCCAUCAAUGUUUCUUUCCAUGGGAAAAGGUCAAGUAAUGAGUUUAUUGCAACGAAUAAAAAAUUACCAGACAAUCAGCAUGAUCGAAAUAAUUAGGUAUCUUAUUGACAUAGAUAACGCCAACUAUUACCAGCAACUCUAUGGCGAUGAUCCGACGAUGCCAAAAUAUGAGGAGCUCAACAAAAAUGUAUCACUUGUCCUCUUCAAUUCGCAUAGCCUUAGCGAAGGCCCCAUUCGGCCCAAUUUCCCGGGAGCUAUUGAAGUUGGAGGAAUUCAAAUUAAGGAAAAGCCCGAUCCCUUGCCAAAACCAAUUGCUGACUUUUUACAAAAUGCUGAGAAGAUGGUUAAGGAUGGAUUUGGUUUGAGUAUGAGCUUAUUAACCCUGGAGGAGAAACCCUUCCAUGAUAACAUUAAAGAAGUUCUCGAUAAUCCCAAGUAUACGGAAAAGGUGAAAGCAUUCUCCCAGCUCUUCCGUGAUCGCCCAUUGACAGCUCGUCAAACCGUGCUCUAUUGGGUUGAAUAUGUACUGAGGCAUCAUGGAGCAGCUCAUUUGCAGAGCCCCCUUGUCCACAUGAGUUUUAUAGAAGCCAAUAAUUUGGACAUAUAUGCAUUGCUAAUUUUCUUCAUAGCUGUUGUUUGGGUUCUCUUCAAAUUAGUAUUUAAGUUUUUAAACCAUUUUAAGCCGAAUUCCGAUUAUUAG